AUGGUACAGCUCUGGGCAGGAAUCGUCUGUCUAGGGUCCAUCCCAGCAGCCACUGCGCUGACCGGCUCGUCCGUUUUUUCACACUCACUCAUCUCCCAGCAAGUCUUUGACGGCGAUAACUUCCUCGAAUAUGACGGCGUUCGUGGUCCCUACGUGGACCGCAUAUCAUACGGGAUUAGUCGGGACCCUCCAGCACAAUGCUCCGUUGACCAAGUUAUCAUGAUAAAAAGACAUGGUGAACGAUAUCCCACAACAGGAGAAGGGACUUCCAUCGAACAGACCCUGAAGAAAAUCAACGACUCCCUUGCAGGCAACUACAGCAGCGGCGAUCUAGCAUUCCUGGGUAACUGGACCUACUUCGUCCCAUCCGACUGCUACGAGGCGGAGACCUCGACAGGGCCCUAUGCAGGACUAAAUGACGCAUACAAUCAUGGCAAGGCGUACCGCCAACGCUACGGAAACCUCUAUAACGAGUCAUCCAUUCUCCCAUUAUUCACUGCGGACUUUCAACGAGUCAUCAGCACAGCGCAGAAGUUCGGACAAGGAUUCCUCGGAAACGAGACCUACGCGACCAAGGCAGCGCUCAAUAUCAUCUCCGAAUCCACUGAUCAGGGCGCAGAUAGUCUGACACCAACAUGUCAUAAACAGGACGAUGAUGCACAAAGCAUCUGUGGCGAUAUGCCGUACUAUCUGCCUCAGUUCGAUGUCGCUGCGGACAGACUGAACGCCCAGUAUCAGGGUCUCAACCUAAACUGGACAGAUGUAUACUCACUUAUACUAAUGACCGCUUACGAGCUCAACACUCGCUCCUCAUCACCCUGGAUCGACGUCUUCACCACAGACGAAUGGAUCAGUUUCGCCCACCUGUGGAACGUCAACUUCUACUACUGUUCAGGCCCUGGCAACAAAUACACCAGCGCCCUCGGCGCCCUCUACCUAAACGCAACCCUCACCCUCCUCCAACAAGGCCCCUCAUCAUCCGGCCCUCUCUUCUUCAACUUCAACAUUUCCCCUAUAAUAACCGCCCUCGGCAUCGCCACGCCCGCCACUCCUCUCAAUAAAACCCGCAUCCCCUUUCCCCCAUCCGCCUGGACCGUCCAAAACAUAGUCCCGAUGGGCGGCCGUCUCAUAAUAGAGCGAAUGAACUGCACUGAUUCCGCUCUCGCGCCGGGUGGGGUCUUCGUCCGGUUGGUCCUCAAUGAGGCUGUGGUGCCGUUGGAGGAGUGUCAGAGUGGGCCGGGGUUUUCGUGCCCGUUGCAGGAGUAUUCGAGUUUCGUGGGACAGUUGCCGAGUUAUGUGAGUGAGUGCGAAGUUCCUGAGGAUGAGAGCCAGUAUUUGGGGUUUUGGUGGGGGUGGAAUACUUCCACGGCGGAGAAUUUUAGGAAAGGGGCAAGGGUAUGA